CCUCCCCUGUCGGCUGGGUCGGUGCGCUGGGGCGCCGGAUCCCCUCCGCAGCUGGGACGCGCCGAACUCCAAGCAGGAGUCCACUCCCGGGAGCCUGGUCCCUCCCUUCCCCUUCCCUGCCCCCUUCCCCCCACCCCCGACGCGGGCUUGGCGCGGAGGCCAGAGCCACCCCGAGCAGCCUGUCCAGGCCCUGAGCUGGAGGGAUGGAGAAUUCCUCUGCCGCAUCGGCCUCCUCUGAGGCAGGGAGCAGCCGCUCCCAGGAGAUUGAAGAGCUGGAGCGCUUCAUUGACAGCUACGUGCUGGAGUACCAGGUGCAGGGGCUGCUGACGGACAAGACAGAGGGUGAUGGUGAGAGCCAGAGGACACAGUCCCACAUAUCCCAGUGGACAGCAGACUGCACCGAGCAGCUGGACGGCAGCUGUUCCUUCUCGCGAGGUCGAGCGCCACCACGGCAGACUUGGUGCUCAAGAAGUGAGCGGCCCAGAAAUGACCGUGGAUCCAGACAAAGACGGCUCAAUAAGAGACUGCUCUCUCCAGGCAAAGGACCAGGAAAAGGGCAACCCGGCAAGAUAGGAAACCUUGAGACAAAUGGCAGCAAAGACAAGUCUCUGGACAUGCUGGGCACAGACAUCUGGGCUGCCAACACCUUCGACUCCUUCAGUGGUGCCACCUGGGACCUGCAACCUGAAAAGCUGGACUUCACCCAGUUCCACCGGAAGCUCAGGCACACGCCCAAGCAGCCCUUGCCACACAUCGACAGAGAAGGGUGUGGAAAGGGGAAGCUGGAAGAUGGAGAAGGCAUCAACCUGAACGAUAUUGAGAAAGUCCUUCCAGUCUGGCAGGGCUACCAUCAGAUGCCCCACGAAGUAGAGAUUGCCCACACCAAGAAGCUGUUCCGGAGGAGAAGAAACGACCGAAGACGACAACAGAGACCUCCAGGGGGGAACAAGCCCCAACAGCAUGGUGACCACCAGCCAGGCAGUGCCAAACACAACAGGGACCACCAGAAAUCCUACCAGGGGGGCUCAGGACCCCACCCCUCAGGGAGGCCCACCCACCACGGCUACAGCCAGAACCGGCGCUGGCACCACGGCAACACGAAGCACCCACCAGGUGACAAAGGAGAGGCAGGAACCCACCGCAAUGCCAAAGAGACCGUGACCAUCGACAGCCCCAAACUUGAGGACAGCCCAGGGGAGACUGGGCACGGUGGCCUUGAACCUCCCCGCAGCCCUGACACCCCAACCCCAACCACUUCUGAGAGGCCAACCCCACAGCCCCCAGGGGGGCCAGAGGCCGAAACAAAACGUAAGGACAGUGUUCCCGAGCGCAUUGGGGAGCGGCCCAAAAUCACCCUACUCCAGUCUUCUAAAGACAGGCUGCGGCGAAGGCUGAAACAAAAGGUACCGGUAGUUGAAUUUUCCUUGUUCUCUUGCACCAGGGAGGACAGCCAAGAGGAUGAAGUGACCGUGGAAACCACCAGUCCUCAGCAGAACAAGAUGGACAAGCUGAUGGAGAUCCUGAACAGCAUGCGGAACAACAGCAGCGACGUGGACGCCAAGCUCACCACCUUCAUGGAGGAGGCCCAGAACUCCACCAACUCCGAGGAGAUGCUGGGGGAGAUUGUGCGGACCAUCUACCAGAAGGCAGUGUCGGAUCGCAGCUUCGCCUUCACGGCUGCCAAGCUCUGUGACAAGAUGGCGCUCUUCAUGGUGGAGGGGACCAAGUUCCGGAGCCUGCUCCUCAACAUGCUCCAGAAGGACUUCACGGUGCGCGAGGAGCUGCAGCAGCAGGACGUGGAGCGCUGGCUGGGUUUCAUCACCUUCCUGUGCGAGGUGUUCGGCACCAUGCGCAGCAGCACGGGCGAGCCCUUCCGCGUGCUCGUGUGCCCCAUCUACACGUGCCUCAGGGAGCUCUUGCAGUCUCAGGAUGUGAAGGAAGACGCUGUUCUCUGCUGCUCAAUGGAGCUGCAGAGCACAGGCCGGCUGCUAGAGGAACAGCUGCCAGAGAUGAUGACGGAGCUUCUGGCCAGCGCCCGAGAUAAGAUGCUGUGUCCUUCGGAGUCCAUGCUGACCCGGUCCCUGCUCCUGGAGGUGAUUGAGCUCCACGCCAACAGCUGGAAUCCUCUGACGCCCCCCAUCACGCAGUACUACAACAGAACCAUCCAGAAACUGACAGCCUAACAGCCAGGGGGCCUGGCUGGCAGCCUGCGGGCAGCUGAGGCCCUGGUGCAUAGGGCCAGAUGGACAGGCAGGAGGACAGGGGUGGUCCUGGCGGAAAGAAAAAGAAAUGAGCAGAGGGGAGUCAGGCAGCAUCCGUGGCUAGUCUGGAGUCAGCUGGGGGCAGACACAAGCUCUGAGAGGAGCCCCCACCACCACCCCCACCACCAAGCACCCCCCAGCCCAAGCAUGUAGUAGCUCACACCAAGGGAAACUUGCUUCUUUGUCCUGAUGGCCCUGGCCCUGGCUGGCCCUCCCUCACUCUGGCCUUCCCCUCCCCCUGCCAUACCUCCCAUCCCCCACAGAGCUUUCUGCGAGGGAUCCCAGCUCUCCCACUGCUCACUAUCCUGGGCAGCCUUGCACACUGGCCACCACCGCUUGGGUCAGUGCGGACCGCUGAAGGCUGGAAAAAGUGGGUCGAGGUGGUUUGCUUUGUUCCCAAGUGCUAUCAAGCCACAGUCGCCAACUGGCAGCCGGCAACAUGUAGCAGAUGUCCAGGAGGACAAAGGCAGGCAUGGUCCCCACCAGCAACCCAUAAUUGACAGCCUUUGUCAGCCUAGUGGAGCUGAGGGGAAGUGUUGUUUUUUGUUUUGUUUUGGGUGGUUUUUUUUUUUCUCUCUCUCUCUCUCUCUCUCUAACCUUUGAGCUCCACCCUCCCAAACUUCAAUUCCUCCUGCCCUCUGCCCCCAGCUCCAGACCGUGGGGGGGGGGGGGUCAGCAGGGAGGGGAACUGGGGCUCACAGUUCAGCUUGCACCCUUUUAUUUUAUUGUGUUUUAUUUUUCAAAAGUCGGUUGCUUUGAAGUCUCUUCUCUCAAUGAAACUGCCCUCGAUGUGAUCACACACUCACCGGGACAAGGACUCCCCCCCCACCCAUUAGUGGGAGAUCAAACUCGGCCUCCUCUGGAAGGACUCUAGCCACAGACAGCUCACCAGUAGCCAAUUAGAGUAAUUGGAAACUGCUGCCCCAGUGGGGGUCCCUGCUGGAAUUCUGGGUUCCUUAGCCACUGGCCUACAGGUCCUCUGCAGUCCCGGUUUGCUGCGGGACUGUGGCUGAUACUGCCCCAGCUAGACUGCCUUAGGACCUCUCCUGGCCUCUGAGCCUUAUGGCAAACUGGGCAAAUUAAGCCCCAAAUUCAUGAAUUGUCCCAGGGUCUACUAGAAGAAGAAGGGGAUGAAGCUGUUGGCGCUCCUGGACUUGGAGCCUCAUUUGUGGGCUGUGUCUGUCCUCUCCCCUCCAUCCCAGGAAGGUCCUUGAAGCCCAGCCCUUCUGGGUUAUUGGGAAGGGGACAGUUCAUUGGGUCAUGACAGGAACAGUCAGGUGACUAGGCAGGCCACCAGAUGGAGUUUUCUAGACUAGAAACAAAACUAGGUUUCUUUAAAAGCCUCUGGUCCUAGGGAACAGCCCGCUUUGUGAUGGCUAUAGAGGAGGCCAAGGUCCUCUGGGAGACUGAGCUUGGGGUGGUCAGUGGCUGACACUUACAUGCUAAUGAGCCCGAGAACAUGUCGUCCAAGCCCAGCAGCUUCCUAACUUUCUUCUACACUGAGACUGGCUAUGCCUUAGGUCGCAGUGGAGAAACUCGGAGCCUCUUGAUCCACAUCAGAGUGGCUAGAGUCAAGUAGAGAGAAGGUUGCUCUGAAUUGUCCCUGAAUCUAGCAGGGCAGGAAGACAAGAAAGAGUAGAAGUUCCCAGUUGGCCCUGGCUCCACCCCCAUCCCCCCGCCCCGAAACCUGCCUUCUGAUACCAGGAUGGAGACUCGCCAGUCCCUAAAAGAGCCCGUUGGAGCCGGGCAUGGUGGCACAUUCCUUUAAUCCCAGCACUCGGGAGGCAGAGGUAGGAGGAUCGCUGUGAGUUCGAGACCACCCUGAGACUACAUAGUGAAUUCCAGGUCAGCCUGGGCUAGAGUGAGACCCUGCCUUGAAAAACAACAAAACAGAACAAAACAACCAACAAACAAGACAGCAACAACAAAAGAGCCUGUUGGGGACAAGGUGUGAAGGUUGAUGGCCGCCCCUGCCCCUUCCCUUCUUUCCCCCCAUCUCCUCCUUCCCAGCUGUCCCAUCCCUGCUUUCUGCUGUCCUCUCCCUUACGCCAAGCACUUAAGCCCAGCCUGGGGCCCAGGGUGCCACAAGCCCCACGGGAAAGAAGAGAGAGCCUGAGAGUGGCGACUCUGGUCAGAGUAGAUUCCAUGCAGGGACCCCCAAACUUGUGGAGGGGCUGGCAUCCUCUGUGGAGGUAGAGACAGUGGCAUUGUGGGUACUGUGAGCCUAAUGUACCUCUUUUCUAACAGUCUACUGGGGAGGCUUCUCCUCAGGGCCAGCCCCUCCUAGGGCCCCGAGGACCAGUGUGAAGAUGGGAGAUAUAAAUAUGUAUACAUAUAUAAAUAUAUUUUUAAUUACAUGUUGUGUACCAGUGGCUCCAGAUGCAAGUUUGCCUGGUGUGCUCCAUUGCCUGGAAGCACUUCCUGGUCCAUCUGAAUGACACUUCCAACUGUUUUUCUAAAUGCAGGUCGCUGCUACUUUUUCCCACAUGGAAGGAAAGCAUUUAUUACUUUUUUUUUUUUUUCUUUUAAAGAAUCAACAGUAAAACCUAAAAUCUUAACGUCUGGGCAGCGUCCCAUGAGGCAGGAAGUGGGGUAAGAACAGGCACCCUGAGACCCCGGCCUUCUCCCUCUUCCCAGGCCAGAGCCUGACCCACUUCUGCUAAAGGAGGAAGGGCAUAUGCAUGUCAGCCUCUGAAUGGAUGAGAGCUGAAUUUCUGUCACCUCUCUGGGGCGUAUGGAAAAGACAGUGUAAGCCAUUUAAUGUUGGGCCUUCUCAGGCUCCCCAAACUUGUCAGAAAGACUUAGGCCCUGUUUUCCUCUCAGGUGACCUGCUUUCCACUGUUCCAAGGCCUGGUAGCAUUGCCUAAGCUCUGGGACUACAGCCCCAGCCGGGCUCUUAACCUCCCCUCACCAAGGCCAGGAGCCCCACCAUCCGCCAUGGGGAGCAUGCGCCUCCCCCCUCACCCAAGCCAGCAUUGACCAUGCAUCCUUUCUUAACCAAUCUGUAAAUCUUUACAGCUUGGGGAUCGUCCUGUCCAUCUGUGUAAAUGUAAAUGUUCACCCAGUCGGUAUUUAUUCUAAUUUUUAUUUUAUUAUUUUAUUUUAUUUUCGCUGAAGGGUCGGGGGUGGGAAGUCUGCACCCUGGGCAGCUGCAGGAGCCAGGCCUAGGGCGCCCAGAAGUCCAGAGAAGCAGCCCCCUGGAACCACCCCAGACUGUGGCCUCUGGGAAACCAAGUUUCAGGCUGUCAGCUGGCAUCAGAAGCCAGCCAGUGUCCCUUGUCUCAGAUGCUCAGGCCUGCCCGUGGUGUGACAUCCCUCAGCUGCCAGGCAUAGUGUUGGAAAACCUCUGGCCGGGUCUUUGAAGAGGCGAACUGGAGACAAUGGGACUCUCCUCUGCUUGGGACACUUGCACCCAAAGAGCUGACGCCUCACCAGAGCCAAGCUGGGAGCACAGGACCUACCUCCCCAGAGCGGGGCCUGGAGCUUCCCGCCAAAGCUGCAGUCCAAGCCUGCUCGAGCUACCCCUUUCCCUCCAUCUUGUACGUCCUGCUUUGCAGCUAAACCCAAACUACAAGUGGGUUUAAAAAAAAAUAAUAAAUGAUACCAAAAAAACAAAA